AUGUGCACGGACAGGGUGCGCUCCGGGACAUCACGCACCGACACGACGCACGGCGGGGCGGCCCGGCGCCACCCCCGUCCCGGGCGCAGGCACACCACGUCCCGCACCCAGCCCGCUCGCUACCUGCGCCGCCGCCGCGGGGCCUCCCGUGCGCCGUGGACGCCGCCGCCGCCGCCGUCUCGCCGCCCCGCGCGCGCAGGAAGGGAGGGAGCGAGCGCGCGCGGCGGCGUGGCCGGGGGAGGGGGCGCGGGGAAGGCACUUCCUGAGCCGCCUGCCAGGGUUAUAAAAAAACCCCCAGACCGCGCGCGGCCAGAAACCCCGCCCGCCGCCGCCGCCGCCGCCGCCGCCGGCCUGGGCCGCGAGCUGGACGCGAGCCAGGGACCCGGGAGCUCGGGCCGCCGCGCCCCGCCCGGGCCGGGCGCCCCACCGUCCACCGCACUCUCGGUCAUGGACAUCGGCGUCUUGAGCCCAACAGAUGCAUCUCGGGGUCACGGCAAGAGCCCGUGGCCCCCCCGGGGCAGGGGCCCAGCUGUGCGCCGGCAGCGGGAGUUCAUGCCGGAAGACAAGAAGGACACGGUUUACUGGGAGAAGCGGAGGAAGAACAACGAGGCGGCCAAGAGAUCCCGGGAGAAGAGGCGGCUCAACGAUGCGGCCAUUGAGGGCAGGCUGGCCGCACUGCUGCAGGAGAAUGCUCUGCUCAGGGCUGAGCUGCGGGCGCUCCAGCUCCGAUGCGGCCUCUUGUCCACCAUGGGCGGCCCCUGCACCUUACCCUUGCAUGCCCUGCUAUGGGAAUCUCCCUGGACUGGGGACCCCCACCACGGGGCUGAACCCCUCUCGCUCCUGCCUGGCUCCCACGGCUGCCUCUUGAGGCCGUGCUCCCUGGGCGCUGGGGUGCCAGGGUGCCAGGGCUGCCUGGUGGCUCACAGGUGGACUGGCACGGCUGCUUCUCCCAGAUCUCCCCAGGAGCCUGCAGCCCCUACUCCCAGGAGAGGUGACAUGCCCUUGCAGGCUGCCCUCUUUAGCUGCCAACUCUUGGAUGGGCACAUGGUGUCCAGGCCGGAGCUCAGGCCAUGCUGGGGGUUGUGGUCACCCAUGCACCCCAGAUGCCAGGCCCCAGGGCUCUCAGAUGUGUUGCUGACACCCGCUGCUGAUCCCAUGGGGCUGCCUCCUGGGGUGACCUGCCCUGUCCCAGGGGACGGUCUCAAGGGGCUGACUCCGCCUUCCUUGCCCCACAAACUGCGCAUCAAACCCCAAGCCUCUUGCAGGGCACCUCAGGGAUGGGCAGGGGCUCAGGAAUCCCCCUGA